UUGCGUCAAAAGUCAAAUAAAGACAAUUUAUUAAACUGUGAGAAACUGUAUUCACAAUGGCUCAACCACUUAGUCAAAUAUCUGAAAAUGUCGAAAUUCAUCUUUUAGAUGAAAACGACGUGACAUACACAAUAAAAGUAUCGCCAAAUGAUGCAGCGCGUGCAGAAAAUGAUACGAUAUUUGCUACUUAUCUUCUAAAAAGAGCAAAAUCACAAGAUUCAGAUUUUGAUGCAGCAAGUCUUUCAAUGGAGUCUUCCAAUUCUGAGGAUAAUAAUGAAUCAAUGUUUAAAUGGUCUCAUGCGGCAAUUCUAUUGCUGGUAGAAAAGUAUCGGCUGCAAGAAAAUAACAUUGUAUCGGGUAAAAUGUCCCAGAAAAAAGUAUGGAAUAAUAUUGCAUCAGCAUUAUCUGUUAAAGGCUAUAAUGUCACUGGACCUCAAUAUCUUUCAAAAUUUCACGGAAUGACACGAACUUAUAAAUCUAUAAAAGAUCACAAUAGCAAAUCAGGGAAUAAUCUUAGAACAUGGCCUUAUAUGGAAGUCAUGGAAUCUUUGCUUGGUGAACGACCUUUUAUGUCGCCUCCAGCAAUAGCCUCUUCAAGCAGUAUGUGUUCUAAUUCCAGAUCUAAUAGAGAAUCUAACUUAUCAAAUGCAAAUAUAUGUAACAAUGCAAACUCAAGUAAUAAAAAUUUAGCUAUUCAAAUUCUCGGAAGCGCAAGGCACAAGAAAGUACAUCAAACAUUACUGAAUCAAUUUUACGAAGUCAGAAAUUGGCUGAGAACAACAGUGAUCAGAGGCACAAAGAAAACAUGGACUUUAAAAAGCAAAUGCUAGAAUUCAUGGGUAAAAUUUUAGACAAAUUAUAAAUGUUUUUAUUUUAAUUUACAUGCAACAAAGAUAAAACGAA